AUUUGGGGUGGAUUUAUGGCUGAAUUUUGGCAUGAAUCCCUGACACAAAUCCCCUCUCUCUCUCCCCGUGCCUCAGUUUACCACUGGGUGGAGAUGCGCACCAAGAUGCGCCUGCUGGGCUUCCGGGGGGCGCAGGUGAAGCCCCUGAACGAGGAGGCGGCGGCCGAGCUGGGGGCCGAGCUGCUGGGCGAGGCGCUGGUCUUCGGCGUCGGGGGGCUCUGCCUCUACCUGGAGUACCUGCGGCAGGCGGGGCAGGGCCGGCGGCGCGAGGAGCAGCUGGAGCGCGCCCUGGCCGAGCUCAGAACCGGGCUGCAGCGCCUGGAGGCGGAGCUGGAGCGGCUGCGGGGGCGGGGCCGCGAGGGGCACGCCCAGGGCGGGGCGGGGGGUGAGCUGGGUGGGGUGGGACACGCCCAAAAUGGGGUGGGACACGCCCAAAGUGGGGCUGGACACGCCCAGGGAUCUUCAGUACACGCCCAAAAUGGAGGACAUGCCCAAAAUGGGGUGGGACACGCCCAGGGACACGCCCAGGGUUCCACUAAGGGACACGCCCAAGGACACGCCCAAAAUGGGUCUGGACACGCCCAGGAAUCCUCAGGCCACGCCCCCACCGAAGCUGUGAAUGGCCCUGGCCCCGCCCCCUCCGAAGCUGUGAACGGUGCUGACCACGCCCCCUCCGGUGCUGGCCCCGCCCCCGCCGCGCCAGGCCACGCCCCCGCACAUUAAAGCCUUGCUGUGAUUGGA